AUUAAAUUACCUGCAAACCCACACCAGAUCACUGCCUCGGUGGACAGCAAAGCCUAAAAACUGUCCACCUCAAAAAGACCGAAGCAGUUAAUUUUUCUAACUUCCGAUCUUGCUUUUUCUUAUCAUUUGAUCUUUUUGCAGGGACUAUAUGCUCUUAUACUCAUUAGUUUUCCCGUACAGAAUAUCAUUGAACUAUAUAAAGAGGUGGCCACGUAUUAAGUGUAAACUACAACUCCCAUAAAUAUUAUCGAGGCGAGCGCGCUCCUGUGUGUCAAAACAAGGACGAUCUCCUAGUGCGCUGCCUCGGUAAUCCCAUACAGUACACUGUGUACUUUAGUUUUUCUCUUCUCUGCGUCUCGUUGUGUUGUUUAUUAUGACUUACUGUGAAUGAAUGCCGUAAAAAUGGAGGUCGUGCCUGCUAAACCUUACUUCUUCGGGGACAUCGGAUUCUGGGCUGAAAGAACAGAUGUCCACAAGGCGGCGGCGCAGGGCCACGUGCCGGAGCUGCAGCGGCUGAUCCGGAGUGGCGCCUCUGUCAACAUGGUGGCUGUGGACUCCAUCACCCCGCUGCACGAAGCCUGUAUACAAGGACAGGCACAGUGUGUGAGGCUGCUGCUGGAUGCGGGUGCACAGGUGGAUGCACGGAACGUCGACGGCAGCACCCCGCUGUGCGACGCCUGUGCCGCAGGAAGCCUGGAGUGCAUCAAACUGCUGCUGGAACACGGGGCCACCGUCAACCCUGCUCUGACGUCCCGAACCACCUCUCCUCUACACGAAGCCUGCAUAGGCGGUAACCCGGACUGCGUGCAGCUCCUCAUCACGGGCGGUGCCCACCUGGAGGCCUACGAGCUGUAUUUCGGGACCCCGCUUCACGUGGCAUGUGCCAAUGAGCAGGUGGAGUGCGCCAAGGCUCUGCUCAGAGCGGGUGCCAAGGUGAACGCCGCCCGGCUCCAUGAGACGGCUCUGCACCACGCAGCCCGAGUGAAGAACAUGGAGCUGGUGGAGAUGCUGGUGGAGUUCGGAGGGAACGUGUACGCCCGGGACAACCUGGGCAAAAAGCCCAUCGACUACACCGGGCCCGGGUCUCCUACAGCCGCCUGCCUGCGAUUCUAUGAAAGCACACCCCUGAGUCUUCAGCAGUUGAGCAGGGUGUCUCUGAGGACAGCGCUGGGCACAAGGACACUGGAAGCUGUAUCCAACCUGAGUGUCCCCAACAGGAUCAUUAAGUACCUCUCCUACUGCUGAGCCACCACUCAAGCUCAGCUCCACCAGCACAAAUUUAGCCACAUUCAGCUAUAACAUGCACUCAGAGGAGCACAAACCCACUAAGUGAAAAACAUCAAUCCCAUAAUGCAAGAUUCUCCCCAGAUUCUGUGCCCAGUAAACCUGCUGGCUCCCAGUCAGACACGAGAGGGAGGAGCAGAGUGGUUCCUGGCCAGAAUAGCACCCCACGGCAGCCGGGCACUAAGUGACAGGGUUUCACACCAGCACACCUGUUGCUAUGACAGAGAACCACAGGACACUCUCAAAAUAAAAGGGCUUGUGUCAUGUCGCUCACAGUGAAAUAGCACAGGUGCUCCCUAGAUACCCCUGCUAACCCCCCUACACGGUCCUGUUCAUUUUUAUUUCACCUUGGAGGUGGAUCAGUGAGAAGAUGGUAAAAAAUGAUGAGUCUGUCCCGUAACUGCCUCUGUGGUUACGCUGUUUGUUGCCUCCACUGAAUUUAAUUGUUUUAAAAUCUGUCAUUUUAACUGCUGUCAAGUCAAGUAAAUAUUUGCUAGAGGAAGUCAUUUUAGUUAUCUGGACAUUUUCCACGAUCCUCUGCUGGCAUGCUGGACUGAUCAAGGUCGCACUGGUAAAUUAUUAAUAUAAUUAUUCAGCAAGCAGGCAUCUUAAUUCAAAACAGUUUAUCAGGGAAUUUUUACGGCAGGCAUUUCCUGCUUAGCAUUCAGCUGGGCACCGGCGGCUUUGCUCACGCAGCCAACCUACCUCACCUCUCUCCUGGUCCACGUCCACGUCUCACCCUCACGUGCGAUUUUGGAGCACUACACGGGCCUCCCGGUGUCAGCUGACAUCAGCAUCGUGAGGUUCCCCGUGAGGCGAGAAUGUUACUGGCAUGUGGAGAUGCUCAGGUGUGGGGUAGCCUACAGUUUGUUGGGCGGGGGGGGGGGGAG